AUGAGCUCAAAGGCGCAGGUCAGUGUCCGGGGUCCAAUAACGAGCUCCUGGUCAGAGCUAGGAAUAGAAGACACCUUCCCCGACUCGCCACUCGACUUUGACAAGGCCAAGCGUCAUACUCUUCUGGACGCCAUUGACCCGAAAUAUCCGACACAGUCCAUUACCCAGCCGGUCAAGCGCGAUCUCACCAACCAUUCUAUGCGAGCUAUUCGCGAGGCCCAGGAGUUAGACCUCUCCAUCUCGCCGAGAGGGCUGCUCGCUUCGACAUACGGAAAUCUCUUCAAGAAGCUCUUGGGAAGUCUCAAACAGAAGUCAAGUUUAGUUCUUCCGCCUCCCCAGAUCCCCGAUCCAGAUCUGAGCGUUGGAAUCCCAGAUCCACCAGAAACCAGCACUUCGGCCAUAGAUUCUGAAUACUCGGAGUCUGGAGAGUCUGAGAACUUCAGCGAUACCGCCGAAGACAAGCAAAGAGCAGCCAAGACGGGGGGCGCCGCAACUCUGCCGCUCACCGUUAUCGUGGACACUCUCAGACGUGCGGCCGUUCUUUUUGCACAGAUCUCGUGGGGUUCAGUUCAGGUUAUUGGGGCUGUCGUUCAUUCGACACUUGUUGUGCUGGGGUGCUCGGUCAGCUCCGACUGUCUCCUUCUCCUGGAAGUUGUGAGGGUCUGGCUACUGUUCGCCCGUCACAUAUACACCGCCCUGCUCUUUAGCGCACUCGUCAUCCUGCUCAAGCUUCUGUCCACUGUUGGCUGGGUUGUUGGAUUUUUCGAUCGGAAAUGGCCAACCCCAGAAACAGAGAGCGAGGUUGCUACGGCCACACCCAGCGUCGCAAUCCCCAAGUCUCGUACCUUCAGCGUUAUCUCCAGCCUUACUCAGUCCUUCUCGAGUGGCACCUUCGGGAGCCAGAAGACCAGCCGAAAUGUGAGCCGGGAAUCUCAGGUCAUUACGACACCGGCUCAAGGUCGAGCAACCAUCCAAUCGCACAUUUAUCAGCAUAAUGCAUCCGGCAACCGACAAACCCACUUGACGUCCCUGACAGCACCAACAUCAGGCUCUUAUCCAUCCCUCUCGAACAACCCCAAAGAGAUCACGACAGCCAUGCCUCCGCAGUACUGGGCCGGCCGCUUCAUGGCACUACAAGACCGCUUCCACAAUGAGCUUCUUGAGUCUCACCGCUUGGCCCGGAUCUGCGGAGGUCAAUCGGCUCAGCCCUUUGGAGGUAUCACUCCGCAGGCCUCAGUGGCACCACAGAACAAUCCCUCGAUGUCAAUCUACGCCAUCCCCCGUGUUGUUCAAGUUGGCCGACAUAGCUCCGUCCCCAACAACAGCUCAUUGCGACCGCGAAGCCGCAGCCUUAUCCCUUGUUCCUCUACGAGCUGCUCCGUGCUGCAGCGCACGUCAUAUAACACCAAGUCAAGCCCCCCUUCUUAUGCCCACACGGUACGCUGUUUUUCCAACGACAACACCGCCACUGUGCAUGUGCCCUAUCAGAAUCGCCACGGUUACGCCCAUCUCCUGACGACAGGCGAGAACACCAUCCAAGAGCUUCCCUCGGCCGCAACUCCCAGCCACUCACACGGCGACGGCGAUGGCAGCGGUAUGAAGAAUGACAAGGCGUGCAGCGCUAUCACUGUCACAGGAUCAUCCAUUUGCCAAGAGGCAAACACCAUCACCAUCAAUCAGAACACGCCUCUCACCAGUUUCACCACCGCCGCGGCCGCCUCCGCCUCGGCUGCUGCCACUGCCGCUGCUCCAAUUGACGGAGACGACGCCUCGCGCACGCGCCGUGUUUUUGUGCACCUCGAGAGCCUGUGCACAACAGAUGCCGCGCGGGCUUCGCUGCGCCAGUGGCAGGCCGCGUAUGCGCACAGAAUGGGCAACGAUGGCGGGCUCAAUCGAAUGGAAGCAAGGGCGAAAGCGUCGAGCACGGAGCAGAAACAGAAACAGAAGGAGGAACAUGGAGCUAUGGGUCACGGGUGCGUUGGCGCCUCCCUCUAUGCCAGUGUUGGUGUCGGGCGCUAG